AAGUUGUCAUUUCUCUUCAUGCAAACCCAGAAAGACUCAAGUCAAUUAAACCAUGGGAGAAGAAGCGAUUGUGGAGGAGAGAAACAUGGUUGACAUUAGUCUUAAGGACCUUUCCAAAAAGCUUGAGGAAUUUGCCAAAGCCAGAGAUUGGGAAAAAUACCAUAGUCCCAGAAAUCUACUCCUUGCUAUGGUUGGAGAAGUAGGAGAGCUAUCAGAGAUAUUCCAAUGGAAGGGAGAAGUGGACAGAGGAUUGCCAAAUUGGGAGGAAUCAGAUAAGGAGCAUCUUGGUGAAGAGCUUUCUGAUGUACUUUUAUACCUCAUCAGGCUGUCUGAUAUUUGUGGUAUUGAUUUGGGCCAUGCUGCUUCCAAAAAGAUCCUUAAAAAUGCUAUCAAAUACCCACCCACCAUUAACAACAUAACCUAAUUCUAAUAUCUCUACUUUCUACUUCUUUUUUUGUUUUCUUAGAUGGAUAUUUCAUCUAUUUACUACUGAUGAUAAAUCAAAUUGUAAUUCACAGAA